CACGGCACCCAAGGGACCUGCCCGUGGCCAGGAGGGUGCCGUGUCCCCGUCUGUCCCUCCCCUGUCCUCAGCCCGGUCCCCGGGGGCCAGGUCCCAGCGCAUUAACUGUCCCAGCACGGGGCACGCUGGCCUCAUCUUACAAAAAGGGAAAGCAAAAUCCAGGGGGGCUGAGCAAUGUCCCCGGCACCGGGAACAGCUGCGGGCUCUGCCUGCCGGCCCCGUGCGCGGCGGGGAGACCAGGUGGCGCUCGGGAUGCUCCGGCCCUGAGGUCAUCCUCCAAAGCAGCGCGGAGCCGCCGCGAGCAUCCCGGCUGCCCGGGAUGGGUGGCACGGGCUCAGCACCUGCGGGUUAACGCACACCGUGGCCCAGCUCCAUCCAGCCUCCGGACCGCCGCUGAGGGCUCUGCGCGCCCCAGGUCCCCCCAGCCCAGCGCGGGGGUCCCGGGCGGCCGGCUGGCUGGGCCGUGGGUCGCUUUAAGGGCGCGCAGGAGGUGAGCCAGGGGCACCAGAAAGCGGCAGGGUGAGCUCAUGGCUAAGCUGCCCCAGUCAUGUGGAGCAGGCACAGCUGUCGGUGCCCUUGGGCAGCGGGACAGAGGGGCCGGCGGCAUAAAGCCCCGCCGCCAGCGGAGCCGCCGGCAGCGCCGGGAGCUAACACCCGUGGUGCUGAAGAGGAGGAGAGGCCGCAUCCUGCCCGGGGCUGCGCACGGGGCGGACAUGGAGCUGGACGUGGAAAAGGCCAAGGAGCUCAUCGACCAGAAGCUGGCGGAGGAGGAGGAGGAGGAGAAGAGGCUGAAGGGCGAUGGCCCGCGGGAGCCGCCGGCCGUGGAGCGCAUGAGCACGCCGGAGCUGGAGGAGGAGAAGCGGCAGGGCCCCCGCAACAGGGGCAUCGAGGCCAUCAAGGGCCAGGAGCGGGUGCGGAGGAGCUCGGUGGACCUGCGCCGGGAGAUCAUCGACGUGGGGAGCAUACAGCGCCUCAUCGAGCUGCGCAAGCAGCGCCGCAAGCGCCGGGAGGAGCGGGCGGCCACCCCCGAGCCCCCGCCGCCGCCGGAGCCCCCGGAGAUCGACGGUCCCGUGGAGCCGGAGACCUUCCUGCGAGCUGCUGUCCAGGGCAAGAUCCGCGUCAUCGAGAAGUUCCUGGCGGAUGGUGGCCCCCCGGACACGUGUGACGAGUUCCACCGCACGGCCCUGCACCGCUCCUCGCUGGAGGGCCACACGGACAUCCUGCAGAAGCUGCUGGACAGCGGGGCCACCGUCGACUUCAGGGACCGGCUGGACUGCACCGCCGUGCACUGGGCCUGCCGGGGGGGGCACCUGGACGCCGUGAAGCUGCUGCAGGACCGCGGGGCAGACCUCAACCUGAAGGACAAGCUGCUCAGCACCCCCCUGCACGUGGCCACCCGGACCGGGCACCCCGACAUCGUGGAGCACCUCAUCCACUGCGGGGCGGACAUCAACUCCCCGGACAGGGUGAGUGCGGGGCCCUGCAGCCGGCACGGGGGGCAGCGCCGAGCCCCCUCCGAGGGCUGUCACGCAUCCCUGCCCGGGGUGCUGCCAUCGGCACGGCCGGGGCUGGGGUGGGCACCGUCCCCGCGUCCCCUUGGGGACGUGGGUGCGCAGACGGAGCCGGGCUGUCCCGCAGGAGGGGGACACGGCGCUGCACGACGCCACGCGCCUCAGCCGCUACAAGAUCAUCAAGAUGCUGAUCCUGCACGGGGCCGACAUGAUGGCCAGGAACCAGGUGGGCGCCGCGGGGCACGCGGGUGCCCGUGCCAUUUGCUGCCGCCCCGGCCCCAACCUGUGCCCCCGCUCGCAGGCUGGCAAGACCCCGACGGAGCUGGUGCAGCAGUGGCAGACGGACACGCGCCAGGCGCUGGAGACCAAGGAGCAGCCGCAGGGGGAGGCCGAGGUCCCCGCGUGAUGGCACCGGGCAGGGACCGGGGCUGGGCUCGGCGCCAGGGAGCGGGACCCAGCUGAGUCAGCCGUGUUAAUAAAGCCAGCACAGAGCAGA